AGGACGUAUCCAGACAUCUCAUCCACGGAGCUAUGCGCUUUGGUCCCACGAGCGCAGUAGUACUGGCGGUGUUUGCGUGCUGUCUGUUUGGUCUGUGUGAGAGUGUGUUGCUGGACGGGGGCCUCACUUCGGCGUGCACAUACUAUGGCCCUGCAAAUGUCUCGGCCGGACGCAAUUGGACUGGCUGGGGCACUUCGUAUACCAAAGGUCUGCGGACAGCACAACUCGUCUGCUGUACAAUGCUGGCGGUCUAUGCGAUUCCGCUCUCCGCCACGUUUCUGCAUCGGACGCUGCCUGUGUGGAAGUGUAAACUGCACACGCAGUACUUGUGGAUGGCCGUGUCGGUCUUAAUCUUGGUACUGCAGUUCCUGUAUGUGCUGGUCAGCGACACCAUUGAUAAGGACUCCAAGCCGAACUACGGGUGGUCGAACAUACCCUGGUACGCCUACGUAAUUGCGGUGAUUUGGAUACCUAUACUGGUAUUGCUCAACGAAGGUGCCAAGAUGAUAUAUAAGAAACGCUUCACGCUGCUGCAGAAACGGGCCAGAUUGUUAUUCGACACAAAGCUCGGCAUGCACUCUCCCGUCUGAUGUGUAUACUCAGAGACUUCAAUACAAAAUUCAAAUAUGUCG